UUUCCUUUGCCUCACUGGAGAGGUAGCUCUCAUGGACAAACUAGAAUAAUUCGCUCCACCUACCUGGAACCGUAUUACAUGAAGAUGGCUGAAGACUCAAAAAAAAUGUGGACAGAAAUAGAGAAAGAAGCUGGGGAGAUGUUGUUUCACCAAAAUGUGGGCAAGCUAAUGGUAGAGGAACUGCCAUCCACCCAUGUCAAAGAGGAGGCCAAGCUAUUGCAAAGUCACAACAUUGAAUAUGAAGUCCUUCCACCUCGGCAACUCAGAGAAAAGUUCCCAGAUCUUGAUUUUGCUGGAUAUUCUGGAGUUGUGGAGAAAACAGCUGGGAUAUUAAUGGCUGACAAGUGUUUGAAACAUUUGCAAAUGCAGUUUAUUAAGUAUGGAGGAACAUUACGAGAUGGUCAACAGGUAUUGGAUAUUAUUCCUGCUAAGGAUGGUGUUACGAUCAAGACUAGUGAAUCUACAUUCAGAGCCAAGAAAGUCAUCAUUACCGCAGGUCCUUGGACAAAUAAAUUGCUGGAACCACUAGGACUAAAACUACCAUUGCAGGUAUGCAAAGCUCCUGUGUUAUAYUGGAAGAUUACUAAGCCAGACGUCUACAGUUUGAAGGAUGGUUUUCCUUGUUUUUAUGAUGCUUCAGAUUCUGAUAAUCACAUCUACUUUUUACCGAGUCUUGAAUAUCCUGGCUUGUUAAAGCUUGGACCAACGGGUGAAUCACAAAAGUCUUUGCCCUUCAGACUGAAUGACCCGGAAGAUCGGGACACAGAUCAUUCUGACAUAGAACGCUUCAUAACCCUUGYUUCGCAUUACAUCAAAGACCAUUUGCCUUACGUGGACCACAGGACACCCGCCAUCAAAGAAAUGUGUCUUUAUACGAUGACACCAGAACGUCGAUUCGUCAUCGAUAAACAUCCCCGAUUCGACAAUAUCAUCAUUGCUACUGGUUUCUCGGCUCAUGGAUUCAAGCACGCGCCGGUAGUGGGGAAGAUCCUGAGUGAACUAGUUCUGAAUCAAACACCUUCUUACGACAUUUCACAUUUUAAGAUUUCAAAACAUAUCACGGGAAAAACCAAAUCAUCUCUAUAAAAACUGUUAAGAUCAAAUUUAUAUUUAAAACAAAUAAUUGAAUAAGAAUGAGAAUUACGAAUUUACAACAUUUCACAUUUUAAAGUUUCAAAAUUCAUGACAGGAAUGAAACAAAUCAUCUAUAUAAAACUGUUAAGAUUAAUUUGAUAUUAACAAAAUUAUUGAAUUAAGAAAGACUAGGAAACAAAAAAUGUCGAUAUUUUGCUUCAAGUUUCUUAGAGAAAGUUCUUAAGCUCAGCUGUUUUAAUAUAUUAUAUAUGAAUUUUAAAUAAGUGGACUGAUUGCUUACCUAGUCAUACAUCGCGCGCGUCAAUGAAUAAUAAUAGUAAAAUAAUAUCACGAGGUAUCCUUUGCAUUUCAAGUAAUUGAUCUAAGACAAAAAAACUAUCUUACAUUUAUUUUAGGGUUUUUCGGUCCUUCUAUGAACGGUUAAGAUCAAACUUCUAUGCAAUAAAAAAUUAUUGGGAUAAGAAAAAUUGAGAAAAAAAUGAUAAUUUUAUGCUGAUCAAAAUAUCGUUCCCACAGAAGCCAUACCGCCAGGUUCCUAUCAGCAAAAAGCAACACUUUCCUAUCAAUUAAAAGCAAGACUAACUUUGAUUUACAAUUACUGAUGACCAGGACCAGCAGACUUCAAAUUAAUCAUAUGACAAAUGGAGAGAAGAGAAAAGAACUCAUUUGUUUGCACUUUUCUAGGAGUCCAUUUGUCUUGAAAGCUGAAUAAACGUUGCAGCAAUUCUCAGUUUUGUUCAUUAAACAAAGACAAUACCCAGUAAAUAAACUGAUUCCACACCU